AUGACACUUCCGAACCCCUUCUCCCGCAGCUCACCACCACCACCACCACCACCAACAUCCAACAUCACCACCCCCAAACCCGACAUUGAAACUGCCAUCCGCCCCAUCUCCCCUCCCGACAACGCCAGCCUCCCACCAAGCACAACCAUCACCCUCUCCCCUCCUGCCCUUCCCCUCCCCCCAACAAACAAGCUCACAACCCCCCAGUUCAUCUACCUCUUCCUCCUCGACGGCCUCGGCGCCCUGAUCCUAUCAGGCGGCAUCAACUUUGCAAUCGCCUACGCAAUGUACACCGCCCCUCAGUACACCACCAGCCCUGGCACCAACCCAGACGGAACCCCCCAGCCCCCAGACAAGAUCACGUUAUGGUCCUUCCCCUCGACGCUGGCGGGCGACGCGGCGGUAACCAUCAUCCUCCAAUGUCUCGUCACCUGGCUCAUUGAGCUGUUCCUUGUGAACCGUGACCUCAAGACCGGGGGUGUACCUCCCAUAGGAAUGUUCAGCUCUUCUUCUCUGCUCAGUAACAACAGAUUGGUUAGGUGGCUUUGCUCGUUACCGGCGACGGUGCCGGUGGUGUCAUCUGGGGGCGAUGAGAAGGGGGGUAGGGGCCGUCUGGAAGAGGUUGUCGUCUCUGUGUGGCCUUACCCAUCAUCGGGGGCCGGAAUUCUUGGAUGGGGAGGGUUCCUCUUGGGCCAGGCGGCGAGGAGCAUGCUUGUGGCGGUGGUCAGUUUUUUGAUCUUUUGGGGGCCGACGGUGGGGUUGUUGAUUGCUGCCGGGAAGGCAAACGGAAAGGGGGACUGGGAGUAUGAUGCUACUUGGGCGCCGCAGGUGUUUAAGCUUGUUUUGGGAGGAGUGUUGGGGUUGGUGACUACGCCGGUUAUGGCCGGGGUUUGGCUUGUUAGGGCUGGGUUGGUUAUGGGGGAGGGCGAUAAUGAGGAGGAGGAGGGCGGAGAGCAAUGA